CAUAGAUGUGCCAAAGAGGGAGGGCAAAUUUAAAUACUCUGGGUAGGAUCCCGCCCGUGGGAACAAAAUUGGAAUAGCAAAAGGAUUUCGCAGGCCAAGUCUUAACACAGAACAGGCUACAAGCUGCACGGAAAUGCUGGCCCUGAGCUCGAUUUUCCUCCCGCUCGCCUUCUGCCUUCUGGUUGUCCAACUGGUGAGGCUCCAGUUUAAGAGAAGACUCUACCCACCUGGACCGACCCCUCUGCCUUUCAUCGGGUGCUUAUGGAACCCCAAAUAUUUUUAUUUCAACCGGGAACUCCUGAGUGAGAUGUCCAAGGUCUACGGGAAUAUCUUUACACUGUGGUUCGGGCCAUACCCUGUGAUUAUACUCCAAGGUUACCAAGCCGUGAAGGACGGUCUCACCACCCAUCCUGAAAAUGUUUCUGGCCGUCCUCUGAUCCCCCUUUUUAAAGAGUUGGCGAAGAACAAAGGGAUCCUGCUUUCCACGGGCUUGACGUGGAAGCAGCAAAGGCGAUUCUCAAUGGCGACCCUGAAGACCCUGGGCAUGGGGAGGAGCGCUCUGGAGUAUCAGAUCCAAGAGGAAGCAGAAAGUCUGGUGGACGUUUUCAGGAAAAGUGAAGGAAAACCCAUGAAUCCGAAUUUCGCCUUGAACCUCUCCGUUUCCAACGUGAUUUGUGCGUUAGUCUUUGGUCAUCGUUUCCCCAUAGAAGAUGAGACUUUUCACCACCUGCUGGAAGCCAUAGAGAAUAUUUUCAGUAUUUCUGAAACCCCCGUGAGUAACCUGUACAAUAUUUUCCCCAGGAUUAUGCAGCAUGUCCCAGGAAGUCACCAGAAGGCAUUUUCCUCCCGUGACUUUGUUCAGUCCUUCAUAAGAGAGGAGAUCAAGAAACACCAAGAAGCAGAACAUCAAGGAAAAGACCAAGACUUCAUUGAUUGUUACCUGGCUAAAAUAGAGAAAACAAAAAACCAACCCCAAUCACCCUACGAUGAAAAGAAUAUGGUUCAGUGCGUCUUUGAUCUCUUCCUCGGGGGAACAGACACAUCAGCCACCACUCUCUACUGGGCAUUGUUAUAUAUGACAUUUUAUCCUGACAUUCAAGCCAAAGUCCAACAGGAAAUAGAUACAGUUCUACCACCGGGCCACUCGAUCUGUUACGAGGAUCGCAAGAAACUUCCGUACACCAAUGCUGUGGUGCACGAAAUCCAGCGCUUUAGCAACAUCAUUUGUAUUGGAGUGCCCAGAUUCUGCAUAAGAGACACAAAGAUCCAGAACUUUCUCGUUAGAAAGGGCUCGACCUUUUUCCCGAACAUGGCUUCGGCCUUGUAUGAUGCCAACGAAUGGGAGACGCCCCUCACGUUCAACCCAAACCAUUUCCUUGACAAGGACGGGAAUUUCACCUGCCCAGAAGCAUUCAUCCCGUUUUCUUUAGGUCAUCGAGCAUGCUUGGGAGAAAAUUUAGCAAAGACUGAGAUCUUCCUGUUCUUUAGCAAACUUUUACAAAUGUUCCAUUUGCACUUGGCCGAAGGAUCAAAAGAUAUAAAACUUGAGCCAGUCUUCGGAGCCACUAUGAAGCCUCAUGACUUCGACAUCUGUGCAAUUCCUCGAUAG